GAUUUUUGCUUGCAUCUUCGGCCUCUAUCUUCUCGAUUCUAUUUGGUAUAUUCGAUUUUUCUUACUUGUUAACUUGAAAAAAAAUUACUGAAAUCGGAGGAGUUUAUACUUUUUUAUCCCUCCAAUAAUAAAUAAUUUCUAAAACACCGAAUUUAUCCGAAACAUUAAACAACCCAAAUCAGGAAAAGCACAAGGCAGCUGUGAACACGGUUGAUGAUGAACAUAUCCAAUUCCAUACAACAAGGACGGUUUCUAGUCAACACUUCCUUCUUACGAGGUGCACUUUAGUCACACAACCACUGGGUGUGUAAGUUGGCGUGUGUUCGAAGUUUGCCGCAGAAUCAAAAUCAAAGAAUUAGAAGGGGUUUUUCCAAAAACAUGGCUUGGAGUAUGGAAAGAUGUGACUUGGGUCUUGAUGUUAAGACUGGUGUGGUUCAUCCAGCAACAGAUGCUUAUGCUGCAGAGGCAGUUGAAACUUUGAAAGCUGGGAAGGUCAUUGCAGUUCCCACUGAUACAUUGUAUGGAUUUGCUUGUGAUGCUUGCUCAUUGGAAGCGGUUAACAGGAUUUAUGAGAUUAAAGGUCGUAAACAUACAAGCCCACUAGCUAUUUGUGUUGGGGAUGUAUCAGACAUAAAUCGCUUUGCCCUCACUGAUCAUUUACCUCAUGGUUUGCUUGAUUCCCUACUACCAGGGCCUGUCACAGUUGUACUAAGUCGAGGUGAGUCAAGUGCUCUUGAACGAUCUCUGAACCCAGGAUUCGAUAGUAUAGGAGUUAGAGUGCCAGAUUGCAAUUUCAUUAGGCUCAUUGCCCGUGGUUCAGGAACUGCUUUGGCCCUUACCAGUGCAAACCUAAGUGGACAACCAAGUAGUGUUUGCAUCAAAGAUUUUGAAAAACUAUGGGAGCAUUGUGCUUCUGUUUAUGAUGGUGGUUUGCUUCCAUCCGGUCGUGCAGGUUCAACUGUAGUGGAUCUCAGUACACCAUACAAAUACAAGAUACUUAGACCUGGAAGCGCGAAGGAAGAGACAGUUGCCAUCUUGGAGAAGCAUGCUUUUGUUGAGGAAGUGUGACUACUUAUAAUAUUUGUGAUUCUUGUGAUCCAUUUGCAGUGCCAUGUUCUAGGCGUAAUUUUUUCGCUUACAAAAAUCAAUUCUUUCGCUUGGUCAUGAGAGAUAAUAUCUCCAAGCUAAUUUCUUUCCAUGAAAUGUGUAUAAGUUAUGCCACAAGAUCUUUGGGGGUGCAUGAACCUACAUUUGACAAUGUUCGAAACAGACACAUGUAUGAGUUGCACUAAGCUUUGUGUCAUGUAUUUUAAAAGCUCAUUAUAUUAUGUAAUAGUGAAAUUAGGUUUUUUGAGAACCUAACAUGUUACUAAGUGAUAAUUAUCUUAUUUAUUUAUCUUAGUAAAUGAAAAUUAUAGAACUUGUGCUACGGUUGAUAAAAUACAUUUGGUUGGCAAAAGUUCAUUAUGAAUUAGUGGACUACUGCUGUAUUUAUUGUGACAUCUUAGGCACAUAAGGAAACCACAGGAUUUGGAUGCUUUA